AUGCCCAUCAUCAGACUGCUCGAUUUUUACUUUUGUCUCUGGGAUAGCUAUGUCGAACUCCAAGAGUCCAACGAGUGGUUAGAGGUCGAGAACGAUCUUCUCGUUCAGCGCUGUAAUGAGCAAGCCUUAAUGAUGUGGAGCCGCGAGCGGGUGCUACGUGAACUUCACGCUGGCAUCGCUGUAAUCCUGAAAGCGAGCGGUGAAACGGCUUUCCCUACCGAUAUAAUCAUAGAAUCCGACUUCGAUCUCGACCUCUACGCGAUCUGGCGUGAGUCUUCUGGUAUACUGACACCGCCUCCUUGUCUAGCCGCGGACUAUAAGGACUAUGGCUUGGGCUAUCCCCCCGAAUCUAUGAAAAAUCAUAGUCCGCCACCUCUCCUGAUUGAAUGCCUCUUUCACUUUGGACUCGACGAUGCGCCCGGCUUCAACUAG